AUGGCUACUGACAGACUCGCUGCGUUGCGCACCUUUUUCGCUUACUUUUUAUUGCUCCAGGCCCAACAAGGAGGCAGUUAUGCAAGCAAUAAUUCCGCAGGAAGAUUUGGGUCUGGAGAAGGAGGGUAUUCGAGUCGCAGGCCGAAUCCGUAUGCCCAAGAAGACAGCAGAGGAAACAACUACGAAAUGUCGAGCUAUUCAGACAACCAGGGAAGAGGAGCACCCGCUGGCAAUGACAUGUCUGCAUUUUGGUCCGAGGUUUCAGCAGUCCAGGACCUGCUGAGAGAAUACAACGACAAUGUCAAUCAAAUUUCCAACUUACAUCAACGAUCUCUGAACAACAUUGAUGACCAACAAGCGUCGCGGCAGUUGGAUCAGGUCGUCGCAAGCAAUAGACAACUCAGCAGGCAGCUCAAGGACAGGAUCAAGGCAUUGCAGGCGCAGGGAGGUGACAGUCGCGAGGGCCAGACGCGAAGGCAGCAAGCAGCGCUUUUGAAAGACAAGUUCCAGGCUGCCCUCCAGAACUAUCAGCAAGUUGAGCAAAAGCAGCGAAAUGCCACCAAGAAUCAAAUGGAGCGCCAGUUCCGGAUAGUCAAACCGAAUGCGUCUCCGGAAGAAGUUCGAGCGGUCGUCAAUGACGAUUCUGGAGGGCAGAUCUUCCAACAAGCGCUCAUGAACUCGGAUCAAUAUGGUCGAGCCAAGGCUGCCUACCGAGAAGUGCAAGAGCGACACAAUGACAUUCUCAAAAUUACCCAAACCGUUGCGGAGCUACAGCAGUUGAUGAACGACAUGGCUAUGAUGGUUGAAGAACAAGGAGAGACUAUCACUGCCGUCGAGCAGACAACGGCCAUUGCCGAGAAGGACGUUGAGACCGGAUACAAACACACGGAGGAAGCUAAGAAGUCUGCCAUUUCCGCGCGCAAGAAGAGAUGGAUAUGCUUCUUUAUCGUCCUUAUUAUUCUCAUUAUCGUUGCGGUCGUCAUUGGCGUUCAAGUUGCACAAGGCAACAUUGGACGUAGCGGCGGUUCGAAUAAUAACAACAACAACCAGCCAGCCACCGUUACGGUCACUCAACCCGCUGCUCCGUCCGCAUCCGCAUCGGCAGGGGUUCGAACGGCGUAA